UACUUACUCUUUAAAAAACAUUAGUCGCAAACUUUUUUUUUUCUUUUUUUUUUUCUCUUCAGUAAUAUGGGUUAUUAUAAGUCUACUAUCUUGGUCACUAUAUUUAUUAUACUUAUAUCAGCAGACUACUUCAUGCCAUGCAAAGCUCAGUUGUCAACCACCUUUUAUGAUACCACAUGCCCUAAUGCACUUUCAACCAUUCAAACUUCAAUUAAUGCUGCGGUAUCACGUAAUGGUCGCAAUGCAGCCUCCGUUAUUCGCCUUCAUUUUCAUGAUUGUUUCGUUCAGGGUUGUGAUGCAUCUCUUUUGCUAGGAGGUGCUGGCAGUGAGAAGGAGUCAGCAGCCAAUGAUGGUGUGGUGGGCUACGAUGUUAUAGAUGAUGCUAAAGCUGCAGUCGAGAGCGUAUGUCCUGGAGUUGUAUCGUGUGCUGAUAUACUUGCGGUCGCAGCUCGUGAUGCUUCUGUCGCGGUUGGGGGGCCGUCAUGGACCGUAAGACUUGGAAGAAGAGAUUCACCAGAUUCAAACGCGGCAGAAGCCGCAACUGAUCUUCCAAGAGGGAAUAUGAAUUUAGGUGAACUUAUCAGCAACUUUGCUAAUAAGGGAUUUAACACGAGAGAAAUGGUCGCCUUAUCAGGAUCUCAUACACUCGGGCAGGCCAGAUGUCUUAGGUUUAGGGGAAGGAUAUACAACAGUCCUCUACCUAUUGAUGCUGCUUUUAAUACCUCCCUUACUGCAAUCUGCCCACCGACUCCACCUACUGGCGAUGAGACCUUGCAACCACUUGAUUUAGUGACACCAAACGCAUUCGACAACAACUACUUCCUGAAUCUUCGGGCUAGUAGGGGUCUUCUUAUAUCAGACCAAGUACUCUUUAACGGAGACUCAGCUGAUAGCAUUGUGACCGAGUACGCUGACAAUCCUGCAACGUUUGAUUCUGAUUUUGCUGCAGCCAUGGUUAAGAUGAGUGAAAUUGAAGUCCUUACCGGUACCAGUGGGAUUAUAAGGACUGUUUGCACUAGUGCAACUUAAGAAAACGGAGAUGUAAAGUGAUAUUAUGUCAGUGUUGACGAUUUGCAGACACAAACAAGUAUUCUGCAUGGUUUGAUAAUCACGUACAAUGAAUAAAAGUCUCCUUUCAAUCAA